UUCGCGCUCCUGCCCUUCUCUUCUGACGGGAAACGCCUGUUUAGAGGCUGCUGACGUGGCAUGGCCUCUGCACGCAUGGCGGUCAUUGAGCUUGGGACGAGCUCGCUUCGUCGAUGCGCAUCGUCCAAUUCGCCUUCUGCGCAGCUUUCCCGCGCAAUCCCCCGGCCUUCCGCGCAAUGCCUUCUCUCUCGCCGCGCGCUUUAUCCGCGCAAACGGCUCCAGGCGCCACGCCAGCUACGAAGCCAAGCUUCAUUUUUUGCGGGCAGAUUAGUCACACCCGUAGUAUUAUCUGCUGCGCCUGCUGCAGCCUUUUCAGACCAAAACUCUUCAUGUGUACGGCCACUUCCCCUUACCUCUUCUUUAGAUGAAGCCUCUUCUCUGGAGAGCGUUGCCACGCUUCAGACUUCUGCGUCCGCCAUUGCUGAAGCCGCGUCCCCGCAUUUCUCGCAAAGACUUCAGAAUGCCCUCCCCGCUUCAGACUCUCACUUCCGCCCUCCGCCUCCGCCUUCCGCCCUCCCCGCGCUCCUCCUCGUAGCAGCCGCCGCGCUUCUCCCGCUCUGCCUCUCCUUCCUCUCCCCUCUCCCCGCCCUCGCCGCCGAUCCCGCCGCCGCGACAGCCGCCGCAACCGCCGCCGCGACCGGCGCGGCAACGUCCAUAGCCAAGUCGGGUCUCGGGGUACGCGUCGCGGAGGCGCUGCGCGCGUCGCAUUGGCCCGACGCGGCGAUAGUGACCUUCGUCGCGUCGCUGCCGGUGGUGGAGUUAAGAGGCGCCAUACCUGUCGCCUACUGGAUGGGCAUGGAGCCGCUAGUAGCUUCCAGUCUGGCCGUUCUAGGGAACAUGCUUCCCGUCCCGCUCCUCCUCACCCUGCUCGGCCCAGCAUCCAACACCCUCGCCCGCAUCAGCCCGCGCGCCAAAGCCCUGCUGGACGCCCUCCUGGACCACACGCGGGAGAAGGCCGGCCCAAUCGCUGAGUUCCAGUGGCUGGGCCUCGCGCUCUUUGUGGCCGUCCCGCUGCCCGGCACAGGCGCGUGGUCGGGGGCAAUCGGAGCGUACAUUCUCGGCAUGCCGUUUUGGGAGGCGUUCACGGCGAAUUUAACAGGGGUGGUGCUGGCGGCCGUGCUUGUGAAUCUGCUCGUGACGCUGCCGCUGCAGCAGGCGUUAGGGUUGGCGGUGCUGCUGCUGGGGUUCUCGUCUGUGUGCUGGUCGCUGCUGAGAUGGAUCCGGAAGAACCUGUUCUCUAAGGACAGUUCAGCAUAAGGGGUGUUCCGUUCCAGUGGCUGGGCCUGCCUCUCUUUGUGGCGUAUGGUCGGGUCGGGGGCGAUCGGAGCGUACAUUCUCAGCAUGCCGUUUUGGGAGGCGCUUGUCAACGUAUAUAAUAUUAAUAUAUAUUUGUGUAGGCUUGGUAGUUGUUAGGUGUCAUACAAAUUACUGGAUCCUACUGUAGAGGGUACAACACCUUCCUUGUGUCUCUCUCUUCUAGUCCAACUCACUUUUCUCUCGU